AUGUCUCCUGUUGAAGGAGAGUCACUUCAACGCUAUCGGAAGGGCGGCUAUCACCCCAUCACGCUAGGGCAACACCUUCGAGCUGGGAGGUAUAAGGUGCUGCAUAAACUAGGAUGGGGAGGUUACUCGACAGUUUGGGCGGCGAGAGAUCAAAGGUUAAAACGAGUUUAUGUUGCUAUCAAGAUCUCUAUUUCGGAAACGAAUCAUGAGAAGGGCACACGAGAGCUUCAGACUCUGAAAAAAUUGGCAUCUCAUUGCCGUUAUCGGAAACAUAUAAUCUCUAUUUUGGAUACAUUUGAAUUGAACGGCCCAAACGGAAUGCAUCGAUGCUUAGUAUAUGAGCUUCUAGGGCCGAAUAUCCCGGAUAUAAUUGAUGCACACUUCCCUAUAGGAAGGCUCCCAGGGAAGCUCGCCAAAAGAAUUGCGAAGCAAUUUACCGACAUACUGGGGAAACCAGAACUAGGCUUAGUCCGAAGGCUUGAUGGACAAGGACUGGAGGCUAAUGUGCCUAGCUAUAUGGUUAAGCCAACCCCAUAUCCAACGCAAUCUUGGGAUUCGGCCCAAUCGAUCAAAAUAAUCGACUUUGGGGAAUCGUUUCUACGCACUACAAUCCCCCAAACACUACACACACCUUUACCGGUCCGGGCACCCGAAGUGAUCUUUGAAGACCGUAUUGAUUAUCAGGUUGACCUAUGGAGCAUGGGGUGUAUGCUUUUUGAACUCUUUACGGGACAACCGCCUUUCGAUACUUUCAUGAUCACACGUGCAAUUCUCGUGGCUCAAAUGCGGGAAAUGGCAAGUGACGAUUUACCGGCAAGAUGGCAACAGAAAUGGAAUGAGAUGAACACAGGCGACGAUACAAAUACGGAAAGCACUGGGCAUAACUUGCAGGAAUGGUUGGAAGAGGUGUACUUCGAUGGCUGCCAAAGCCCUGAUCUUACCAGAGAUGAUAUACUCAAGCUUGGUCAGAUCAUUGGAAGGCUGUUGAAGUUUGAACCGUCUGCGAGAGCAUCGGCAAGAGAGAUUCUAGAUGAUCCCUGGUUCGAUGAGUAG